GGACAUAUUUCAGUGUUACACAAGAUGUGUUCACGCUUUGAAAACUUUGAAGAAUCAGAGGAAUAACGUUAUUUUGCCUGUCGUUUCAAAUAGUCUACGAAAAAGGUCUCUACAUUUGAUAGAAAUCAUUACUUGAUGUACAUCAUAACCUAAAACAUGCCUGUGGGUAGUAAAAAGGGAAGCGUUAUAUUUUCAGGCUUCAGAGCAUUGGGACUGUAUUCGAAUCACCUCUCACACGUGGUACGGUAUCAUAAGAAACACCGAGAAUUCUACAUUGUGACAGCUGUGGGAAACUGUUUCCAUACGUACAAUGUAAGUGAUUAUGUUGAUAAAUGUAACGAUAAUGCUAGCUAGUUACUUGUUACAUAGCAAUCAUUUAAAAAAUAUAUAAUGUUAGUGUCUUUGCCAUUUCCUGAUGUCAAAACUAGAUCAAUGAAACAACAUAGCUAGAGGAAGUGCCACGAAUGCAAUGCAAGAUUUUGAGGGCAGCCUUUUCUACAAUAACGUUAUCUACCUUACGAAAAAAAAGAUUGCAGUCAGAAUGCAGUAUAACUCUAGUUAGUGCAGUAUGGCUGCAGUAUGCAGCAAAUACUGCGUUCAAAAUACCACAGUAGACUGCAGUUACUGCACUUUACUGUAGUUUCAAAACUGCAAUGUUUUUUUGUAAGGUUACAUUUAGUUAUUGGAUAGCUCGCUAAUUCUCAUAUUUUAAACGGAGUGGUUAUUUUGUGGUCCUAUUGGUGAUCAUCAUUAGUUAUGUAGCCAUAACAGUGACUAAAAAGAGAAGUUAUCAUCAGUUCACCUUUUUGCACAUUCCAUUGUCCAUUCCAUUGUUUUAUUUGGUAAUGAUAUCAACCAUUUGUAAUGUUACAGGUCAAGAAACUUGGAAUCGUUGCUGUCAGUAAGUAGGACUCAUGCAUAUUUAUGUAGUUUAAUUUAAAGGUAGUCUUCGUGAUAUGAUGGCAUCAUCUUACACAGUGGGAUUUCCUCUCUACAGAAAUCAACAACUAUGAAAUGCAUAUCUGACAAAACAGCCACUGUUUGCUCUUCCUAAUGUGGGCAUGUGUCAAGGGAGGGCAUACAUCGGGAAGAUUGGAUUCUGUUGAUGUCUGUAAGAGUUUCCAGACUGUGUAUGAUGAUGGCAAAUCACUGAGUCUAGCUACCUUUAUUAAUUCACCAUUGUUACAGUUUCAAACAAUUUAUUGCUAUCAAUGUUACUAUUUGACUGUAGAUUUAUGGCAGGUAUGAAUUUUCCCAAGGUAAUGCACUUCCAGAGGACAUAUCAUACCUAGCAGCUGAUCGGAUGCUGGUCUAUGUUGCAAAUGGGAAAAAAGUAUCAGCAUUUGCCAGGAACAAAGAGGUGAAGUAGCCAUUCCAUCACUUAUAUGAUUAAUAUAUUCUAUAAAAUCAUUUUUUUUGUUUUUUUUAAGACAAUGAUAUCUGAAACUAUUUAGGCCACCUACUAGUCAUGACAUGAGGCUAGCUGAGGGCACACACUCGCUUUAACUUAAAUGUGACAUUGAUUAUAGUGAAUUACUUCGAUUAUAGUAAACUGACUGUGAGAUGUUGUGUCUAUCCAGGUUGUUCACAUGUACACUGGCCAUGGAGCUGAUGUUCAUCUCCUGCUGCCUUUUGGGGAUCACAUAAUUUCAGUGGACAGGGACAAUGCUGUCAUUGUAUGGGACGUGGAGUCAGAGGGUUGGUGUUGCAAAAUAAUGCAUAACUGUUCAUUGGGAUCAUUUUUUAGUUUAGCUGUUCCAAUGAACCUCGAGUUGAAAAUGUUUUCGUAAAUUGAGUGUUUUGGAAUGAUGAUCAGUAGUUUUUCAUUUUCCUGUCAAACCAGUCAAUUAAAUUGUUUUGUUCUCUCAUGCUUGUUUGUCCCACAGAGGAGUACCUGCAAAUAACAUUUGACAAAGUGUCAUUUGAAGUGUCUGCUGUAAUGCACCCAAGCACUUACCUGAACAAGAUCCUGUUUGGGAGUAGCCAAGGAGGUCUCCAGCUCUGGAAUGUCAAAUCCAAGUACAGUCAUUCAUGUAUUUUGAACUAAAAAGUAUUGGUUGAUAAUGUAAUUAUAAUUUGGUUGUGAAAUCAUAAAACUGAUGGAAGGACAGAACAACUAAAGAUCUGUAUUAAUGCAACUGAAAUUGUUAUAGUGUGCUUUUAUCAAAGUUUGGUUUUAAAUUUAGGACAACUUGCCAUAUUCUCUGUACUCAUUAAGUGCAUCCCUUUUUAUCUUAGCAAGCUCCUGUACACCUUCCCUGGAUGGGCAUCAGGAGUUACAGUGCUUCAGCAGGUUGGUUAAAAUAUAAUUAUUCUCAACAUUUCUCAAAGCUGAACAUUUUUAGGUUGAGGAACGGUCAAGCAAACAUACGUUCAACUCCUUUCAAAUACUGUAUAGAAAGAAGGGACUGUGUAGCCUACAUUCUGGUUUAGGAAGACAUGCAGGCGGUGGCGCAAGCAGAAAUCCGAUGAUGGCAGGGCCAGCAAAAAUGUAGGUGGGCCAAAACCAAAAUAAAGCAUAGCCUACCCUAUACCCUACUGUAUUCAAUCACACAUAACAAACCAUCUAACGUGAUUUCGCAUUACUGACCAAAUAGUCUUGUAGGCCUACGGAAAUCCGUGACUCUUGCAUUGAACAUGCGACUCACAUAGACCUACACAUAAUAAACCAUAGGCCUAUAUAACGUUAAUAAUCACAAUAGGCAGCCAUUGGUCCAACAGUGGUCACCAACUUUUUCUUGGUCUAGAUCACUUUGAGUCAAAAUGCAAGCAGAGUCUGCCUACAAUGUAUUGUGUGAUAUCAAUUAAAUGAUAAAUAGCCUAUAGGGCAUAACUAUAGUGUAUGGUCGGAGAAGCACAGGGCAAAGUUAUCUUUUCAAUGAAAUAAAGUCAUUAAAAAUGAUAGGCUAUUUGCAUUGACUGGAAAUAAAUAAUGUUUCAUGCAUUUGCCUCUUUUCAUAUAUAAUAAGAGAGGUCAGAUUUUCUCCAUGUAGGCCUACUCCUUAUUAUAAAUAAUGUACAGUCCCUUAUAUUUGAAAACUCAAGUCUCAAGCUAGGCUAUAUGAUAACCCUGGUAAAAGGUCAGUUGUUGUAGCCUAUUGCAAGGCACAUCAGAGCAUAAAUUGAAAUAACUUUUUUAUUUUUAUUUCACUGGAUCGAUGGUCAUGUCUCAGCGGAGUUGGGGAGAGAGAGUGCGAGUCGAAGUGUUUCAUGAUUUCUAAAAGUGUUUAAUAAAAACAGCAUUUUAGGGCUGAUCAUUGUCUCUGAAUGUACUGAAACUGUCUUUAAGGCACUCGAGAUCAAUGCAAUCAGUGAUUGAUAUAGAGGGGAACUUGAGGUCUUAAUGGCAACAUAUUUCAAUCAAAUAACUUGGAAAGUGCUCCAAAAUCCUCUUCUAUACAUGGUCUCAGCGAUAGCUACUCUUUACUGCACAUGGUAUCAGUGCGAAGUGACAAGUGGCAGAAUCUUAAUUUUUUCUUCGUAAAUAAUCAAGCAUAAUUCAAAUUCAUUACAAGGGCCUAAAUUGAAAUAGAUUUUAUGAACAGCACAAAAUGUUAUGUUAUGUUUUCCUACUUACAAAGCAUGUAGAGGUCUGUAAUUUAUCAUAGGUACACUUCAACUGUGAGAGACGGAAUCUAAAACAAAAAUCCAGAAAAUCACAUUGUAUGAUUUUUAAGUAAUUAAUUUGCAUUUUAUUGCAUGACAUAAGUAUUUGAUCACCUGCCAACCAGUAAGAAUUCCGGCUCUCACAGACCUGUUAGUUUUUCUUUAAGAAGCCCUCCUGUUCUCCACUCAUUACCUGUAUUAACUGCACCUGUUUGAACUCGUUAUCUGUAUAAAAGACACCUGUCCACACACUCAAUCAAACAGACUCCAACCUCUCCACAAUGGCCAAGACCAGAGAGCUGUGUAAGGACAUCAGGGAUAAAAUUGUAGACCUGCACAAGGCUGGGAUGGGCUACAGGACAAUAGGCAAGCAGCUUGGUGAGAAGGCAACAACUGUUGGCGCAAUUAUUAGAAAAUGGAAGAAGUUCAAGAUGACGGUCAAUCACCCUCAGUCUGGGGCUCCAUGCAAGAUCUCACCUCGUGGGGCAUCAAUGAUCAUGAGAAAGGUGAGGGAUCAGCCCAGAACUACACGGCAGGACCUGGUCAAUGACCUGAAGAGAGCUGGGACCACAGUCUCAAAGAAAACCAUUAGUAACACACUACGCCGUCAUGGAUUAAAAUCCUGCAGCGCACGCAAGGUCCCCCUGCUCAAGCCAGCGCAUGUCUCCUGAGUGGCGCAGUGGUCUAAGGCACUGCAUCGCAGUACUAACUGUGUCACUAGAGAUCCUGGUUCGAAUCCAGGCUCUGUCGCAGCCGGCCGCGACCAGGAGACUCAUGGGCGGCGCACAAUUGGCCCAGCGUCGUCCAGGGUAGGGGAGGGAAUGGCCGGCAGGGAUGUAGCUCAGUUGAUAGAGCAUGGCGUUUGCAACGCCAGGGUUGCGGGUUCGAUUCCCACGGGGGGCCAGUAUAAAAAAAAUAAAAAAUAAAUAAAUGUAUUCACUAACUGUAAGUCGCUCUGGAUAAGAGCGUCUGCUAAAUGACUAAAAAUGUAAAUGUAAAUGUCCAGGCCGUCUGAAGUUUGCCAAUGACCAUCUGGAUGAUCCAGAGGAGGAAUGGGAGAAGGUCAUGUGGUCUGAUGAGACAAAAAUAUAGCUUUUUGGUCUAAACUCCACUCGCCGUGUUUGGAGGAAGAAGAAGGAUGAGUAUAACCCCAAGAACACCAUCCCAACCAUGAAGCAUGGAGGUGGAAACAUCAUUCUUUGGGGAUGCUUUUCUGCAAAGGGGACAGGACGACUGCACCGUAUUGAGGGGAGGAUGGAUGAGGCCAUGUAUCGCGAGAUCUUGGCCAACAACCUCCUUCCCUCAGUAAGAGCAUUGAAGAUGGGUCGUGGCUGGGUCUUCCAGCAUGACAACGACCUGAAACACACAGCCAGGGCAACUAAGGAGUGGCUCCGUAAGAAGCAUCUCAAGGUCCUGGAGUGGCCUAGCCAGUCUCCAGACCUGAACCCAAUAGAAAAUCUUUGGAGGGAGCUGAAAGUCCGUAUUGCCCAGCGACAGCCCCGAAACCUGAAGGAUCUGGAGAAGGUCUGUAUAGAGGAGUGGGCCAAAAUCCCUGCUACAGUGUGUGCAAACCUGGUCAAGACCUACAGGAAACGUAUGAUCUCUGUAAUUGCAAAUAAAGGUUUCUGUACCAAAUAUUAAGUUAUGCUUUUCUGAUGUAUCAAAUACUUAUGUCAUGCAAUAAAAUGCAAAUUAAUUACUUAAAAAUCAUACAAUGUGAUUUUCUGGAUUUUUGUUUUAGAUUCCGUCUCUCACAGUUGAAGUGUACCUAUGAUAAAAAUUACAGACAUGUACAUGCUUUAUAAGUAGGAAAACCUGCAAAAUCGGCAGUGUAUCAAAUACUUGUUCUCCCCACUGUAUAUCCCUUUUGUUUUCCACCCCCUCCCUGCUGCUUGCUAUGAUGGUGUAUGCCUGUUUAGGCCAGUGCUUGACUUGGACUGAAAUAGGUCCCGGUACUCAUUUUGGGUGCCAGUACCGUUUAUAUUUAGGUGCAGGAACUCCUCAAUACUUUUGAGAUAAUAUUCUAUAAGAGGUGCAGGAACUCAAGCAGAAGAAAAUUUGAGGUGCUGAUACUCAGUUCUGGUGAGCUCCUGUCCAAGUUAAGUACUGUGGUUAGGUUAAAAUACAAAUAAUGUCCUGUUUGGAACGUGUAGCUCAGUUGGUAGAGCAUGGCGUUUGCAACGCCAGGGUUGUGGGUUCGAUUCCCACGGGGGGCCAGUAUGAAAAAUGUAUGCACUCACUAACUGUAAGUCGCUCUGGAUAAGAGCGUCUGCUAAAUGUCUAAAAUGUAAAGUAGAGCAUUUUGCUCAAUCUGAUUGGGUGGGCCUGGCUCCCCAGUGGGUGGGCCUGCGCACAUCCAUGCCUAAGACCUUGCAUACAGGUAACUGCCAAAAUAAAGAAAACACCAACGGCCACCACAAGCCAGAACAGCUUCAAUGCACCUUGGCAUAGAUUCUACAAGGGUCUGGAACUCUAUUGCAGGGAUGGAACACCAUUGUUCCGCGGGUGGUUUUAUUUGGCCUCCCAAGUAUUUUUUUCAUUGUUGGACAUGAAAGACUAAAAUCAGCUCCAAGUGAUUUUAAUUUGAUAACUCUGUUCCCAAGUAUUCCCACACAUAAUAUAAAUAAAUGAUCGCAUGCAAAGGUAAGCAAGGUUUGAAAUGAUUGUGUUAGUCAAAUAUUAUAUUGGUUUGGGCUUCUUGCGGUCAAUUUGCAAUCUUAAAAUGAUUUGUAAUUAUGUUCCGGCCCCCCGACCAUCCGCUCAAGAAAAGAUUGGCCCGCAGCUGAAUCUACAGUUACAUUUUAGUGGUAUACACUAUGUAUGGGAUCUACUGUGUAGAAAAGUUGGCUACUGUGAAAUCAGAAAUUCAAUGCGUUUCCUGUCAAGCUUAUCUCUCUCUCGCGCCUUUCUUCUAAACCGCCCCUUCAGACCCCAGCUGUGGACGCUGUGGGUGUAGGCCUAUCAUCAGGUCAGAUCAUCAUCCACAACAUCAAGUUUGAUGAGUCACUGAUGAAGUUCCAGCAAGACUGGGGCCCAGUCACUUCCCUCUCCUUCAGAACAGGUGAAGUCCCCAAUUGAACAUGGUGUUGUCUUUAUGAUUCUAAUGAUGAACACAACAUUGUGUGGCCUCAAUUUGUGUCUGAUGUGUCACUACUUUGCGUCAAUAUAAUAAGUAAAAUCGUGCUUGAGAUUAUUUUAAAAAAUGUUUACUUACCUCUUAACACUUUGAUGUGAUUGUCUUCUAGAUGGCCAUCCAGUAAUGGCGGCUGGUAGUCCUGUUGGACAUAUUGGGCUGUGGGAUCUGGAGGAGAAGAAGCUUGUUUGUCAGAUGAGAGAUGCGCACAACACAGCUAUCGCUGGAUUAACAUUCCUCCAUGGCGAGCCUCUUCUCAUCACCAAUGGGGCUGAUAACGGCAUUCGGGUUAGUGUUACUUAAAUUGUGUCAUUCACUAGAGGGCAUCACUGUAAAAUUGUUGUAAACAAUUCUCUUUUUUUUAAACUACACAUCUUAAAGAAGGAGUGUCAAACAUACUGCCAAUUUUUUUGUUUGUUGAAAUUAUUGUGUCUACAUUAAUUUCUUGACUGUGUCCAGCUUGCUAAUAAUCACCGAAAUUAAAGCUUGACAGUCGGGGAGCAUAGUAAAUUCCCCAAACUAUGGUUUAAAGACAGAAUGCGCCCCCCCCCCCAGACCUCAUUGAAGACCGAGUGUGGCCCUCGGGACCUCAUUGAAGACCGAGUGUGGCCCUCGGGACCUCAUUGAAGACCGAGUGUGGCCCUCGGGACCUCAUUGAAGACCGAGUGUGGCCCUCGGGACCUCAUUGAAGACCGAGUGUAGCCGCCGUGGCAAAAUGAGUUUGACACCCCUGUCUUAAAGCUUGUAUUAGCAAAUCUCAAGUUGCAAAUUCAGCACUGCUACCACAAUCUCGUACCAACAUACCACAGGGCUAUGAAGAAUUAAUAUAUUUGAUUUGGUAUUCAACCAUAGAGUUUUGAAUGAUCAGUCAUAUUCUUUAGGUGUGGAUCUUUGACACGGCGGGCGGAGGAGGCCGUCUACUCAGGAGUCGUCUGGGACACAGCGCCCCGCCCACUAAGAUCCAGCACCACGGCCUGAACGGACAUCACAUUCUCAGUGCUGGUAUGUGUGACUUACAUUUUACAUUUUAGUCAUUUAGCAGACGCUCUUAUCCAGAGCGACUUACAGUUAGUGAGUGCAUAAUUUUUUUUUCAAACUGGCCUACCGUUGGAAUCGAACCCACAACCCUGGCGUUGCAAACACCAUGCUCUACCAACUGAGCUACAUCCCUGCCCAAGUUAAGACUUGCUGUAUCAGGCAGUUAGUUGUAUAAGGCAUCUAUGAGUUUUUAAUUAAAUAAAAUACAUAUUUCUCUCUAAUCCACUGUACUCUUUCUUUUUCUAAGGUCAAGAUGGUACUCUGCAGUCGUUCUCCACUGUUCAUGAGAGAUUCAACAGGAGUUUAGGACAUGGUAUGACUUAUUUUCUCUGUUGUAGGAAAAGUUGCUGUUAUGGACAAUGAGAUGUCAAUUUGAGUGCUGUUUACCUGCAUAAAUCCUUGUUUGCUGUAUUCUUCAUGAAAAUAUACCAAUUGGUAAGUAGGUUCCAUCAACAAGAAGAAAUCCAAAAAGAAAAGCUUGAGGUAUGACGAACUAAAGCUUCCUGCCAUCACCACUUUCGCCUCAGGUAUGCUUAGCAAAAAAUAAGAAACGUCUCUAAUUUUUAAAUACUGUGUUAACUGUCAUGAGGUAAAAAGACUCAAAACAAGUCUGUAUUUCUGUAGAACCUUUAUCAUUGAAUGUGAUUUGUUAAAACUUUAAUGUUUUGUCUGAUUCUGUGUGAUGUAGAGAGUGCCCGUCAGAGUGAUUGGGACAGUAUAGUGGCGUGUCACCGAGGGUAUCUCAUGACGACCACCUGGAACUAUCAGAAGGGCAGCAUGGGAGCACACAAGCUGGAGCCCGAACGCUUCAACAAGAACCGCGCUCUCAACGUCCAUGCUACGGUAGCUAAAUAUGUUACUGGUCAUGUAAAAUGUUUUUUUUUUGUGUAAAAUUAACCUAAAUGAUUUGAUUAGGUUCGAUCAAUAAGAAAUCUACCUUUUAAUAGUUUAUUACACAACGUUUAUUACACAUUUGAAACAAACAUAAUAUAUGCGCUAUUUAUGUUGUUAAAAUUUGUAUUUUCUCCUCUCAGGCAGUAGAUAUCACAUCAUGUGGUAACUUUGUAGUGGUAGGACUCUCAUCUGGACAUGUUGACGUUUACAACAUGCAGUCUGGCAUGCAUAGAGGUCAAUAUGGAGAGGACAAAGGUAAGUAACCCCAUACAGACAAUUACCAAUGUAUAUUUAGCUCAUGCUUUCUGUGAAAGAUUCAGCUUUGUCUCAUUUCUGACUCUGUAGCUCAUAGGGGGGCGGUGCGCGGCGUGUCGGUGGAUGGACUCAACCAGCUGACCGUGAGUGCCGGAGCUGACAAACUGGUCAAGAUCUGGAAGUUCAAAUCUAGGAAGUUGGUCCACUCCAUUGACCUGGGCACCUCACCUGCCACCACACACCUGCACAGGGACAGGUACGGGACAGAUAACACCACAGGGAAGAAUAGCACUUAUACGACUGCACGUCUUCCAACUGAUUUAGUUUUCACAUGGUUAUAACAUAGCAGUAGAAAAGUGUCUGAUUGCAGUCUUUUCUGACCCUGGUAAAGUGGUAUGUUGGCCAUAGCGCUGGACGACUUCACGCUCAAUGUUCUGGACAUGGAGACCAAGAGGAUUGUCCGCAAGUUCUCUGGCCAUCGUGGACAGGUCAAUGAUAUGGUGAGCCAUUAUCUCUCUUGCUCUCACUUUCUCAGUUCUUCACCUAUCUCUCUCGAUUGAUCUCGCUCUCUCUUUCCCUCAAAUAUAUUUUUGAGUACUGAUGAUUUUUCUUGUCUGACGUUUCCCCUCAGGCUUUCAGUCCAGACGGUCGCUGGUUGAUAACGGCAGCCAUGGACUGUACCAUCAGGACAUGGGACCUCCCCUCCGGCUGGUAAGACCAACCCUGCCGCUUCUGGAGCAGAUUAUCAGGUCCCCCAAAAGUGGCUAGGGGGUACGGGCCAGAGUUUGUUUCUGGACCAUACUUUACUGAUAUAUCUUCUUGUCCGUGGCUAAGGUCAUACAUGCAAAUGACAUUCGCACACUUGUGAGGUCACCAGCAGUCACAGACAAGCCCUGUCUUUUCAUUUCAUCUAACCACAACCUGAAAUCGUUGAGAUGACCAUCUUUGUUUAACUUUAUCAUAAAUUGAGUUUAUCAGUGAAUCUCCUUCAAGUGCUCUCCAGGGGAAUUUCCAUCUCCGCCUUCAGUAAUUGACUUGAUUUAUUCUCUUUUUUUUUUUCUUCUGUCACUCUUAACAUUCGUUCUUUCUUAGCCUGGUGGACUGCUUCUUGGUAGACUCUGCUGCAGUCAGUCUGACCAUGUCACCCACAGGGGACUUUCUGGCCUCCUCCCAUGUCGACAACUUGGGGAUAUACUUAUGGUAAGAGUCCCCACCACAUCAAAGAAAGACUGUCAUUAUUACGUAACCUAACCUUCUGAUUAAACGUUCACUCUUACAGGCAACCAAGUAUUAGAUGAUAAAGGAACAAUCUUGAUUAGCUUAGUCUUUGAACUAAUGUGACUCAACAAAUUAGUAGUCAUAUGGUCAAUUUUGUUGGAAUACAUGCUGUACUGCAGUAGGAACAGUUAUUUAUGAAGGAUUUUUGUUAUUUCCUUGUAUUCAAGUAGUUUGCUGUGACAACGUGUUUCAUGUACAGUGUGGAGAACAAGUAUUUGAUACACUGCCAAUUUUGCAGGUUUUCCUACUUACAAAGCAUGUAGUGGUCUGUAAUUUUUAUCAUAGGUACACUUCAACUGUGAGAGACGGAAUCUAAAACAAAAAUCCAGAAAAUCACAUUGUAUGAUUUUUAAGUAAUUAAUUUGCAUUUUAUUGCAUGACAUAAGUAUUUGAUACAUCAGAAAAGCAGAACUUAAUAUUUGAUACAGAGAUCAUACGUUUCCUGUAGGUCUUGACCAGGUUUGCACACACUGCAGCAGGGAUUUUGGCCCACUCCUCCAUACAGACCUUCUCCAGAUCCUUCAGGUUUCGGGGCUGUCGCUGGGCAAUGCAGACUUUCAGCUCCCUCCAAAGAUUUUCUAUUGGGUUCAGGUCUGGAGACUGGCUAGGCCACUCCAGGACCUUGAGAUGCCUCUUACGGAGCCACUUCUUAGUUGCCUGGCUGUGUGUUUCGGGUCGUUGUCAUGCUGGAAGACCCAGCCACGACCCAUCUUCAAUGCUCUUACUGAGGGAAGGAGGUUGUUGGCCAAGAUCUCGCGAUACAUGGCCCCAUCCAUCCUCCCCUCAAUACAGUGCAGUCGUCCUGUCCCCUUUGCAGAAAAGCAUCCCCAAAGAAUGAUGUUUCCACCUCCAUGCUUCACGGUUGGGAUGGUGUUCUUGGGGUUGUACUCAUCCUUCUUCUUCCUCCAAACACGGCGAGUGGAGUUUAGACCAAAAAGCUAUAUUUUUGUCUCAUCAGACCACAUGACCUUCUCCCAUUCCUCCUCUGGAUCAUCUAGGUGGUCAUUGGCAAAUUUCAGACGGGCCUGGACAUGCGCUAGUUUAAACAGGGGGACCUUGCGUGUGCUGCAGGAUUUUAAUCCAUGACGGCGUAGUGUGUUACUAAUGGUUUUCUUUGAGACUGUGGUCCCAGCUCUCUUCAGGUCAUUGACCAGGUCCUGCCGUGUAGUUCUGGGCUGAUCCCUCACCUUCCUCAUGAUCAUUGAUGCCCCACGAGGUGAGAUCUUGCAUGGAGCCCCAGACCGAGGGUGAUUGACCGUCAUCUUGAACUUCUUCCAUUUUCUAAUAAUUGCGCCAACAGUUGUUGCCUUCUCACCAAGCUGCUUGCCUAUUGUCCUGUAGCCCAUCCCAGCCUUGUGCAGGUCUACAAUUUUAUCCCUGAUGUCCUUACACAGCUCUCUGGUCUUGGCCAUUGUGGAGAGGUUGGAGUCUGUUUGAUUGAGUGUGUGGACAGGUGUCUUUUAUACAGGUAACGAGUUCAAACAGGUGCAGUUAAUACAGGUAAUGAGUGGAGAACAGGAGGGCUUCUUAAAGAAAAACUAACAGGUCUGUGAGAGCCGGAAUUCUUACUGGUUGGUAGGUGAUCAAAUACUUAUGUCAUGCAAUAAAAUGCAAAUUAAUUACUUAAAAAUCAUGCAGUGUGAUUUUCUGGAUUUUUGUUUUAGAUUCCGUCUCUCACAGUUGAAGUGUACCUAUGAUAAAAAUUACAGACCUCUACAUGCUUUGUAAGUAGGAAAACCUGCAAAAUCGGCAGUGUAUCAAAUACUUGUUUUCCCCACUGUAUAUUGAGUAGUAGUAUCACAUCCAGUAUAAUAGUAUUCAGGAUACUAACUAGUAGUAUUCAGUAAUAAUAAUAAUGUAUGCCAUUUAGCAGAUGCUUUUACCCAAAGCGACUUAGUCAUGUGUGCAUACAUUUUACGUACGGGAGGUCCCGGUAAUUUAACCCACUAUCCUGGCUUUGCAAACGCCAUGCUCUACCAACUGAGCUACCGAGGACAACAGCAUAGUAGUAUUCAGUAUUAGUAUUUCAAUCGAGUACAGGCUUAACUGAAUGAACAACAAAGACCGAAUGCAAUAUGACAUUUUAUUAAAUAGUUUGGGGAAUGGUUUUUGUCUCCGAGGGAAGAUCCUCGGAGCUAGUUGAUGUGAUGGCAGGUAGCCCUAUUCGGGGCUGCUGGCAUUGAAACCUUCCCCACUGGGGGAAAGGAGUUCCAAUGAUGGCCCUUAAGGUUGUUAUAGCUAGUGGUGGUGGGGAGGUGGAUAGGCUGUAAGGUCAAUAGGUGAAUGACAUUCCACACAUGGCUAACAGGAAAAAGGAGAAGAAACAAGAUGCUAAGCUGAUAAUGAUAUGUUUGUAUUCAUUCCCACUAUGCCCCUAGAAUAGGAAACAAAGUGAAUGAUGUUUUACUGGAUGAAGUUAAAUGAGCAUUCAGACCAGCCUUCCUGAUUGAACUUUCGUACAACUACAUUAGUAUUAUUCUUGAUUGAGCAUCCCAUGUUGAGUGAAUUCCAUAUUGUUGUGUGUUUCCAGGUCCAACAACACGCUGUGCAGCAUGGUGUCGCUGCGCCCCCUGACUGCAGACUACGAGCCCACCAUGAUCAUGCUGCCAGGAACCUGUCCCAGCCAAGGUACCUACUGAACACCCAGUGUGCCCAUGUAGCACUUACUCUGUACCGAGCACAGGGGGGUAGCAAAUCCCCCACACCAUCUGGACUGGCACAUGUAACAGUGGUUAUCAGCCAAUUAUUCAAGCAUUGUUAAUUAAUGGUAUUUAAUAUGGAGGGAGUAAAUCCGUCCUUGAUUGUAUAGGUAACAGUGACGGUCCUUUGAAUAUUGACUAGAUAUUUAUGAGAAAAACAAUACUGUGCCAUAAUGUGUGUGCCAGAGUACUGGACAUUCAAACACAAUGCUUGAAAUAACCUUUCAGGAACUUAAGCAAUAUUAGAUGGUAGUUGAUGGUAUCAGUUGCUAAAGAAACAUUUGUUUUUUUCUGCAGAUGAAGAGGGAGAGGGAGAUGCUGAACUCAACACUGAGAUGAUAGAGUAUGAGUCUCCUGAGCAACUGGACGAGAAGCUAGUCACCCUCUCUCUGCUGCCCGACUCUCGCUGGAAGAACCUGCUGCACCUCGAUAUCAUCAAGGUGAGCAUGUCACACGGUAGUUGUCUGUGGAGAAAAACGGGUCGCCGACAGGGUCUCAAGCCCAGUUUGUCUGUGCGACUCAAGACAAGUCUCCUUACACAUGCAGUGACUGACAACACAUGUAGCAAUUGUUCUGUAAUAUCGUUGUCAUCUCUUCAUAAUACAGACCUUCACAGUGCUCAUAUAUUUUGUUUUUGUUAUGUCGGACUGAAAUGAGAUUGGUGUUUUCCCCUUUCACAUAGAAACGGAACAAACCCAAGGAGCCCCCCAAGGUUCCGAAGGCUGCCCCAUUCUUUAUGCCCACCAUCCCAGGACUAAUACCCCAGUUUGCCCCCUCUGAAGGCUCCAACCAGGAGGAACAGGUGAGAGAAGUUAAAUACUUCUUCAAGUUCUGAUAAUAAACAGAACUCUAUGAAUGACCCUGAAACCACAACACUGUAAAAUUAUUUUUUUAUUUUAUUUUAUUUCUUGUAAGUUAAAGCUGGAAUCCUUAAUGUUGAAACUGCCAUGUCCGUUUGCGAUAUUACAACAACGAAGUUAGUGCAAACAACGAACACUGUUUUUUUUCCUUUGACAUGGGCGCUAGAACUCAGCUACUCGACCCCGAUGGGCCCCGACAUUAUACAUCGGGUUAGGGCCAGGUAGGGUCUGUUUUUCAUCAAUAACUAGGGUAUGGGCAGGGACUCGGGUAUCACUAAAUUGAUCACUAACAUUUUGAAGCUGAGCCAUUUGCUCGCGAUCUGCUGCACAGUACAGUCAUAUCUGACUAAGAUCAUAACGUGGUGUCAGAAGUGCUUCAGCCUCGUCAAAUAUAAGACAGGAGAGAUUAUUUCACAGAAAAUAAUAAUGUUCCUUGAGUUUGUCAGAGUUUAGAGUGACAAAGUAGCUAACAGCCUACUGCUCUCUGUCUCAUCAUUGAACAGAGCAGCCCAAGCUGAGAUGUUGCUAUAGAUACUCAGAUAUAGAACCGCCAUGAGCAGAGCGCAUGCAGAGCGAGCAGCGCUCAGGAGCGACUGACAGACAGAGAGGAGCAGCUAAUGGAUUUACUAACAGAGGAAGUUAUUUUGGCAGAAGCGAUCAGGCCUGGGUAGGGUAGGGCCUGAACGUCGCUGUCAUGGGUAGGGCUCGGCCUUGAAAUUCAUGCCCGUGCAGGGCUCUAGGCGACCCUCCCCACCUCUGCUUUGUCAACAAAACAAUAACAACGGCCGUGGGGUGGACAGUGGCACUUUUUCCCCCUACUACGGAUUUCAUCUUUAAAAAGGGUUGUUUGCUUUUCAUAUUAUCCCCACUCCCAUAGUAACUGUUAUUUGGGUUAAACAAUGCUUCUUUUGUUUACUUUUUCACAGUCAAAGAUUGUGAAUUUUGGAGUCCUGGCACAGAAGUCCCAUUUCUACCAACUGCUAGAAUCUGCUAUGCUCAGCAACAAAUGUAAGUCUGAAUCUCACUUAGCUAGCAAUUACUCACAGCACCUCUGGCAAGCAUAGCAAUUCCUAUAACCCCAAAUCAAUUCUGAGGCCAUAAAAACUCAAGAAUGUAUUUUAGAAUCACAAUACUUGGGCCUACUGCUAUGAAGUCAAGUCAUUAGCAUGUGCACUAACUAAAUGAUUAUUUGGCACACCUUUACAUUUCUAAUGUCAUGUACCUCAGACCAAUACAAUGAAUAACCCAUCCUUAUCAUUGUUUCCUCCAGAUGAUGGCCCUGUGGGGAUGCUGAAAGAGAUGGGUCCGUCUGGUAUUGAUGCUGAGCUCCGAGGCCUGGCCCCUGAUAUGGGUGGAGAUGUCUCUGUCUUACAAGGCUUCCUGAAGAUGGUGGCCAGCAUGCUGGACUCCAAGAGAGACUUUGAUCUGGCACAGGCCUACCUGGCUCUCUUCCUAAAGGUAACCACAUAAAUAUUCAAGUUAAUAAGCUGCUAUUAUACCAGGGGUCGCGUUAGUUCACAAAUCUGUAUUUUCAAAAUGCAGACAUAAAACAAAUCUGUGUUUUUAAACCAUUUCACCUGAGUUUUAUAUUGAAAGUCAAGUGGUUUUUUUUGUUGCUUCAAAGAGAGGUGAUCAAGGGCCUGCAACUAUAGUUUUCCAUCACAGAAAAUAGUGCGACACAUUCAGUGGAAAAUAGCUUCAUUUUCAUCAGAUGACAACAGAAGUGCAAUGCUAUUUGGCUAGCAGCCACACAAGUAAAUGAAAGGUAUUUUUUGCAUAUUUCUAAUAUUUAUCACAGAAAGAAUGUAGCCAGCUACAUUUCCUAAUGUUUUGCUUGAAGUUAAUCUUGCAUUUUACCUUAGAAAAGUAAGCUGGCUACACCAAGAAAAGUACCAGAGAAAAGUAAGCUGGCUACACCAAGAAAAGUACCAGAGAAAAGUAGCUACACAUCAGUUAGAACGCUGUCUGCUGAUAGAAUGCCCGUUGGUGAAUUCUCAUCCGAGUUUAGAAGUGCAACUGAAGAACAAAAUUAGUCUGAUGCAGAGCAGAAAUUACAAUAAGAAGCAUUUUAGAUCUGGUUUACGAAAAACAGUAAGAUAUUUAUUUGCGUGAAAAAUACAGAAUUCUGUGUUAACGCAACCGCUCUAUACCUGUGAAAUAACACUGUUUCUAUUGAUUUAAUCUACAUUUUAAUGAUUUUGAGUUUUUAUUGUUACAUUCUAGUCCAACAAUGUUAUUACUACAGUAAUUAUAUUGUUGUUAAUGUUUAAUGUUAGAUGUAAUCAACUCGGAUGCCACUAGAUGAACGGGAAAGUUGUUUUCUGUUGCAUUGACUGUCAUCCACUUACAGCUGCAGCCAGUAGAUGGCAUCAGAACACAAGAAAAAAACUGAAAUGUAAAAAUACUGUGAUACACAAUGCCCUAUUCAAUCAAAACCAAUACCCAGAUUUCCUGUAGAAGUCAAAUAAAAAUGUAGCAAGAAAACAUGUUUGACUUGAUAUGCAGUUCUAUUGUUUCACUCUUAAAAUACGAUCUAUUUUGUUGAGUACCUGAAUUCAAUUAGCAUCUUUACAGAACAUGAAUAAUUAUGUUUUUGUCUUCACAGCAUCACAGGCACGUUCUGAGGGCAAAUAACAAGUGUGUAUUCAUGUAUGGCUAGACUUACUUCCAUCACUAACCCUGGUUCCUCUCUCUCUAGCUGCAUCUCAGACUGAUCUCCCAGGAACCAGGGCUGAUGGAGGAGGCAUCUAGAGUAUCAGAGAAACUGGAGGAGACGUGGACAUCCAUGCAGACACUUUUCAAUCAGAGCCUGUGUUUGCUGUCAUACACCAAGAGUGCACUGCUUUGAAGUGUACCUCUCCCUUACUUUUAUUUUUGUUUUCUUAAUGUUGUUUUUCACCAUAAAAGUUGUGUAAAUCUGUAUACAGUAUUCUAGACGCAAGUAUCACGGUUAAUGCCAGACAAAUUGGUCACAUUUUAUAUGAAGUGCCCUCAUGCUUUUGUAAUGGUCUAACAAAGUAUGAAGUUCAAUGAAACCAUGAUUGAUCAAAACCUGAUGUAAACGUUUAAAAUAAACAUCAUGAUUGUUAUCAUUGUAUUUCUCCAGAUUAUGUUUUCACUUUAUGUUCUUACCCUAAUACAAUUAGAUUUUCCUUUGUUCAGCAUUAGUUUGCUUGCUUUGUUCCCUGCUGUCUCAAUAGUGUACAGCAUAGUAAUAAGGAUUAUACAGAGGACAAAAUAGUGCUGUACUCCGUAGACAAAU